ACAUGGAAAGCGUUUGAAAAACUAAUGAUGUCCUCUCAAUGGAAAAAGUAUGUUUUGUGGUUUGCUCAAGAGCACGUCGAUUUUCGGCAAGCUGAAAUCGCUUCGCUGCUUCGGUUAUGGAAUCUACCGAUGAAAACCGCUGCUGAUCAUAAGCCCGAAGCCCCGUUUUGGAUUGUGGAACUGGAAAAUGAUGAAUCCGCCAAGAAGCUAGCUUCUCGAUCGAUGUCGUUGCGGUGCAUUUUCGAGUUGUGGUCUCACUCGAAAUCAGUUUGUGCUUCCCACGAACAGCUGAGCGGUUUUAUUCGAAACAACAUGUCCACCUUAAGUCCGUUAUUUGAUAAAAAUCGCAGCUUUAAGGUGACUGUUGAGACAUACAAUAAGCAUUUUACUCAAGCGGAAAAAGUAGCGAAAAUGGAAACGAUGCAUUAUUUACCAGCUGAGGGCCCAGUUAAUUUAAAACAGCCCGAUGUUCAUUAUUGGUAUUUGGAAUUCUGGGGAUUAGAUCCGAUGGAUGUCCCCGAGCAGCCGCUCGAUAUCGUGUUCGGUAAAUGGGUUGCUGAUGGGAGUCGGGAAACCAUUAAUGAAUUAUCGCUGAAAAAGCGAAAGUUCAUCGGCAAUACAUCGAUGGAUCCACAGUUGUCACUGCUGAUGGCUAACCAAGCGCUUGCAAAGCGGGGAGAUAUAGUGUUUGAUCCAUUCGUUGGAUCGGGUUCACUACUGGUCGCAGCAGCUAAGUUUGGUGCCUAUGUUAUCGGUUCAGAUAUAGAUUAUAUGACGGUUCAUGGAAAGUCGAAGCCAACCAGGGCGAAUCAAAAGGUACGUGCGUGCGACGAAAGCAUCUAUGCUAACUUGCUGCAAUACGGUUGCGAGGCGCUCUAUCUGGAUAUUUUAAUCUCGGACUUCAGCAGGAGUAUUUGGAAUAAGUGCCUUCAGCUCGAUAGUAUAAUUACUGAUCCUCCGUAUGGUAUUCGAGAAGCUACAGAACGGAUUGAAUUUAAGGUGCAAAGACGGGCCACUUGUCUGAAUGAAGGAGUUGUGCACUAUCCAUCGACGUCACCGUAUCAGUUCGACCAGUUGUAUCGUGAUUUGCUCAAUUUUUCUGCUCAUCAUCUUAAAAUGGGAGGCCGAUUGGUUUGCUGGUUUCCGCUUUUGAGAAAAGAUUUCACACCGGAAAUGGUGCCGCGACAUAAGUGCCUUCAGUUGAUAGCCAAUUCAGAGCAACCACUGACGGUUUACAGUGCGCGCCGCUUAUUGACUUAUGAGAAGGUAUCGGAUCGACAGGAAGAUAUGCUUGCAUACGAGCUGUCUCAAGUAACAGUGGAUAGUUUUCGGCAACGUUUCAUGAGUACCGUGUUGCAAACCAGUGGUACGCGAAAGGAACGUCGACUAGCACUACGGCAAGUGGGCGUCCAAGAGGCCAUCAAGCGGGGGAAAAAACUUGCUGCAGACGGAAAGUGGAAAUAUGAAUCACAACAGAAUGGCAACAAUAAGGAAAAAGACGGAUAAGUAAAA